AUGUUUGCCACAUGCAACGCUGACUGGGCACUGAAGCUCUGGGAUGGCGAGAUGCUCUCUUCGCCGCUAUUCAAAUUCAACUUCACUGACACUGUGUCCGACUUUGACUGGUCUCCGUUCUCAGCUACAGUGUUUGCUGUGUCCACUGAAGAUGGAACUGUCCGCGUCUUUGACCUGAGCGUGGACAAGUACGACCCACUCUGUCGGCAGCUGGUCACGCAGAAGAAGAACAUGCACCUGACCAGGGUCCGCUUCAACAAGGAGUUCCCCUUCUUGCUGGCUGGGGAUGAUCGCGGCUACGUGCAGUCUCUGAAGCUGUCGCCAAACUUGCGCCAGGCCCUUACGUCCAAGACCUACUCAACGGAGACUGAAGUCGCCAAGAUGGACAAGCUCAUCGCCUGGGUUCAAGAGCCAGCAGAGCACAAAUAA